AGCAAGCAACCUGGACGCGAGUUUACAGAGCUUGAGUCGUGGAUGUCAUCAGGUUGCUGCAACUUUGAGAAAAGUAUAACAAGAGCGGGAAAACUGCUGUAAAGUAUAGUGAGAGACUGCGUUUUGUUUCACUGAUGCUGGGACAGUGUUAACUCCUCAAUAGAGUAUUCAGCGUGCCUCGGACCGGUCUCGGACUGACCCAAUGCUUCUGCAUCAGUACAUGAACGGAGCCCUGGAAGUCAUGCACCCCACAGCGCUGCAGAAAGACACUACUUUUACCAAGAUCUUUGUCGGUGGGCUGCCAUACCACACUAACGAUGCCUCACUGAGAAAAUACUUUGAGGCCUUUGGGGACAUUGACGAGGCUGUGGUGAUAACGGACCGACAGACCGGGAAAUCCAGAGGAUACGGCUUUGUGACUAUGACAGACCGAGGAGCAGCAGAGAGAGCCUGCAAGGAUCCCAACCCCAUCAUCGAUGGCAGGAAGGCCAACGUCAACCUGGCUUACCUGGGCGCCAAACCUCGUAGUAUACAGACAGGCAUAUCUAUCGGAGUGCAGCCCAUUCACCCAGCACUCAUCCAGAGGCAGUAUGGGUUGGCCCAGCCAUACAUCUACCCACAAACAUUUGUGCAGCCUAGCCUGGUGCUGCCCACUCAGGUUUCUACUUCUGUCAGCACCAGCCCCUACCUGGACUACAGCGCAGCCUAUACCCAGUACGCCCAGGCUGCCUUUGAGCAGCAAUACCCGUACGCAGCCUCUCCGGCUGGCUUCCUGGGCUACAGCUACACCACCAGCCCUACAGCCACCGUUGGGCCGGCCACCGCCACCACAGCUCCACCUACCGUACACCCCACCCUCCCCUCUGCCACCGGCCCUGGUGCAGCAUUCCUGCAUUAUGCCCCACAGCAGCACAUCCAGCCAGACCGUAUGCAGUGAGCAGGGGUGAGGAUCAGAGGAAGGGGUGCAGGAGGAGGAGGAGUGAUUGCAGGCCUUUGGACAGACAAUAUUGAAAAAAAUGCCCUACAGGGUGACCCUGCUGUUGUCAGCAGCAGCUUUCAGGAAAAAGGGUGGGACUAUUGCACUAUAUGGUCAGGAUGAGCUGCUGGCUCAUUGGUUAAAGGGUAAUAGGGGUGGGAGGACUAAGGUUCAGGUUGGGAGGCUGAGCAGCAUAUGCUGCUGCUUCUAAGAGCUUCCAAAAGCUGAUGCUUCUUUUUUUUUUUUUUUAAUUAUUAUUAUUAUUAUUUUUAUCUUCCUUUUAUUAUUGUAUUAAUGUCUGUUUUAUUUUUUUGCUAUAAUUAUCAAUGUCUGCAUGUUUUUGUUUUUGUUUUUUUGACUCAAUCAGUGGAAGUUAUGUAUGUCCAUGGUACAUAUUGAUGUUUUGAGAGCUGGCUGGGACACACAACUCCCUGUUAUCUCAGAUUCCAGUGUAUCUGGGGUGGAUAUGAAGGGCAAUGCUGCUUUAGGACACUGGAUAGAUGUAGGGUGAAGAAAUGAUGGUGAUUGGAGAGCCUAUCCUGGUGCUAUACACAGUAAGGCAGAGCACUGCCCCAUGAACAAACCUCCAGCAUUCAGCACCACACAGGAGGAAAACAAGAGAUUUCACCUCAAGGAAGAACAGAAAGGAGCUCCAUUGUCCUGAGAUGGUGAUGUCAGGACUAUACACGUAUUUUAUUUGAAGAGGCCUUAAUUUAAAAUAAAAAUCCAUCUUUGAAACUUAAGUGCCCCUCCCACACCAGAGAACCAAGUGCAGAAAGUUCUGAUCUGACUGUUUCCCAGCAGUCACGUUUAUCUGUCUUGGGUCCUGAUCAUUUAAGAUGGAUGUAGAUAAUCACAAGCAGUAUGUGGGCAUAUGGGGACCAGGAGUUUUGUAAUAUCAAUGUUUAAAGGUAGCUGACACUGAGCUUAAACACCAGUGUUUUUUUUUUUUUUUUUUUUUGUUUGUUUUUUUGUCACUGAGAUUGUCAAACUUGCUCUCAAAAGGACAUUCAUGUACAGCAUUUUAAUGUCUGUCUUUAAGUACAUUUACAAUAUUUAUAUGUAGGUAUUUAUAAGAUAUAAGGUACUAAGUUAAAAUAGUUUUCUUUUUUUGUUACUAUGACUACAGUUAUGGCACCAAUGUCGUUUAACUUGCAGAGACACAGCUGCACCCCAUCAGUGGAUUACUCGUAGAUGCUCAUUCGUACUUUGGACUGGUUUCAUCGCAAAUUCUCUAGGUUUUUUAAAAAAAAAUUAUUUUUUUUUUUAUUCCCACCCCACCAAUAAGAAUGUCUUUUACAGUUCCUUCAAAGAAGCCAUACCAAAAAUAAAAUAAUUUGUACUUAAAA